GAUAAACACCAGAGUAUGAUUUAAUUGCUUACAAUAUAAACGUAGGAUGGAAAACUAUUGUGAUGAUGCUAUUAAACUUGGUAAACAAUGCUCUAUAGUAAUUCCCAUAACAUGUGGUAUAUCAGUUCAAUUAUAGCUACAAUUUAUAUUGUACCGUUUCAUCAUUAAAAUACCCGUGUAGUUGGAUUAUUAGCAAAAAAAGAAGUAUACAUUUGACCAUGACAAUAGCUGGGUUCGUACUCAUAGGAUUUCUAUCGGUUUCGACAUCAACAGGAAAAACAUGUGAACCAACACGAGAAGAUGUUUUAGGACCGUUUUAUAAACCAGAUACAUCGAAAAAUGACCACAUAUGCAUGAGAUACGAAAAUUAUACCAAUUUACCAAAGACAUCGCUAACAGGAUAUGUAAGAAAUGAGAACUGUAAUCCAUUAUAUGAUGUAAAAAUUGAGAUUUGGCAGACAGAUGAUCAUGGGGAUUAUCACAGAGACGACACCUGUAGGGGGUUUGUCGUCUCUGAUACAGACGGGUUCUUCAAAUUUGAAACGAUACACCCAGGACGCUACUUGAACGGUCGUCAGUUUAGACCAUCGCAUAUUCAUUUGUACAUUACUAAGUCUGGAUACCACAGUCUCGUAACUCAGAUCUAUUUUGAAGGGGAUCCAUAUCUUGGUGAAAACGACGGUUGCCCACCUCCAUAUUGUGGCUCCGAUGACCCCAAAAGAAUCGUCGGUUUGGAGGAAGCUGGAUCUACGAUGAAAGGGUCUUUCGAUAUUAUCCUUAGUGGAAGUAGAGAUACAAUCAACGUUCAAAACGAUAAAAGAGAGAAGAAAGACAAAGAAACAGCGGGCCAUUGCGACUAUAAUGAUAAAACAAAGAGAAAUGGAACUACCUUUAAACAUGCUGACAAAUGCAACAAAUGUGAAUGUUUGAACGGAAUUGUAAAAUGUUCCAACAAGAAAAGGUGUUCUGGCUGCAAGUAUGAAGGAACACGUCAUAAAAAUGGAGAAUAUUUCUUCUCGAGUGACAAAUGUAAAAAAUGCAUCUGCAUUUCUGGGUCGAAAAAAGCUAAAUGUGAAGAAAUACAAUGUGAGCCAACAACAUGUACUUAUGGUGACAGACAGUACAAGAAAGGCAAGCAAUGGUUGGCUGAUGACAAAUGUAAUAAAUGUAAAUGCAGAUUAACAGGCAGUGGCUUGGAGUCAGUGUGCAGCGAUAGCAGAUUGUGUAGAAUGUGCAUCUACAAGGGAGAUAGAUACAAAGUGGGGGAUGUCUUCCAGGAGACUGAUUGUAGACGCUGUGAGUGCCACAUAAAGAACAAUACCGUUUGCAACAUAACAUGUGAUUACUGUUCUUCAAAUGGAAGACAGUACCGGACAGGAGAAAAGUGGAGACACGCCGAUAGAUGCAACGAGUGUCGAUGCAAAGAAGGAUUGGUCAUCUGUUCAGACCUCGCAAAGUGUAAGACGUGUUUGGUUGGAGGCAUCACUUAUAAGUCCGGCGAGGACUUCCUACUAGAUGGCUGUGUUGAAUGCAAAUGUGUGGCCAGUAACCGUCUUGACUGCUCAAGUAGAUGUGAAGGACCGCCGCCCGCAAACGCUACAUGUGGCGUACGUCCUGAUGUUGGUCAAAGCAGGAUCACAGGAGGUACAGUAGUCCAUCCAGAAUUCAGCUGGCCAUGGAUGGUAACUAUCAGAAAUAGAAAUAUAGAAGUUGGAAAACUACGUCAUGUUUGUGGGGCAGCAAUUGUUAACAGAAACUGGGUGGUGACUGCUGCGCACUGUUUCUCAAACAAAAAGGCCGGACGCGACCCGGACGAUUUUGUACUAUUUUUUGGAAAGCACCAUCGGAUAAAUUUCGAGCCUGGCCAGAUGUCUCGAGAUGUUGAGCUGAUUAUAAUACACGAAGAGUUCGACAAAGCAAGCCAAUAUGACAGCGAUAUUGCAUUAAUGAAAUUUAAAGAGCCCCUCAAUUACACUGAACGUGUUCAGCCUUUAUGUGUUGCAAAAACGAACGCGACAUUUUGUGUUAUGAUAGGAUGGGGAUCAACAGCAAGAGGAGACAUCACCAAGGAUAUAUUCUUCAGAGUUGAGCUCGCCGAUCUUUUGCAUCAGGUGAUUGUCCCCUUGAUUGACACCAGUAUUUGUAACAGACGAGACUGGCUGGCUGGAAGGAUCAGCGAGAAUAUGCUUUGUGCUGGAUUUGAGGAAGGUGGGAAGGAUGCAUGUAUGGGUGAUAGUGGGGGACCGAUGUUUUGUGCAGAUAAUCUCAAUCAGUGGACAUUGAAAGGAAUUGCAAGUUGGGGUAUAGGCUGUGGUGUUGCUAAGAGACCAGGUGUGUACACAAAAGUGGAGAACUUCCUAGACUGGAUAGAUGAAAAGAUCGAAAUACAUGGUUAAUUCCACUGUAACCAUGGGCGGAGCUGUUUGAUGUUCUCGUUUUUGUUUAUAAACUCUAAUAAAUCCGAUAUAUUAAUUAUUCGUUUACAAGAUGACUUAAAGAGUUAAAAUCAUUUUUUGAUGCAAGGUCGCUGUUUGCCCGUUUCGAGUCUCCAAU